AGUUGUGCAAGCGUUCAAGAAGGAUUUUCUUUUGUAUUUUUUAAAUAAAGGCGACUCAUCGUUGUGACAUGGGUGUGUGUCACAGUCCACGAAACAAAAGAGUGUCAGAGAGUACAGGUUGGCUAAUUAUAAUACGGAAAUGAACCGCCCCCCAUACUGCUCGGCUUUACUUGCUGAACAUUCAGAUCAGUUAGGAAGAUAGGAAGCACGCUGCUAGUUAGCCUUAAGUAAAGCAUAAUAUUAUCUAUCAACCCAAACUUGUAUGGGUUAGAAAACAGCCAGGAUAUGAUUCUGGAGUCUGUCGAUGUGAGUAGGCUGUCAAAUGUCUUGGAUUUAAGUUAAAAACCACAGCUCGCGAUUAUGCUAGCUCUCUGAAUUGGACCGAAAUGGCCUCGGAGCCGAAUCCUGCGGUUUCUCUCACUUCUGUCAUGGAGGAAAUCAACAGCCUGUCGCUGUGAGGUGAGGGUCUCUACACACAGAGCUCGUGAUGAAGGCUCUCGGCGCGCGCUCCGCGUUCUACGUGGGCUUUCUGGUGGGCACGUGCAGCUUGUACCUGCUCCUGCGUCAGACUGGGUUCACCCGGAACUCGGGGUCUCGUGAGCCCGGGACCCACGAUAAAACUCUGCUGGAAAUGCUUGAAGAAGAAAACAAGAACUGGAAGAAGGAGAGGUCGGCUCUUUUCAACCUCAAUCAUCCGCACCAUACAGGUGAAGAUGGCGCACUGGCUGACUCUCUUUAUAAGCGUGUACGCAUUCUCUGUUGGGUUAUGACUGGCCCUAAUAACCUGGAGAAGAAAGCUCGGCACGUGAAAGCCACAUGGAGUCGUCACUGCAACAUUGUGGUCUUUAUAAGCUCUGUGGACAAUCCAGAUUUUCCCACAGUUGGGCUAAACACAAAAGAAGGUCGGGAUCAGCUCUACUGGAAAACCAUCCGCGCUUUCCACUAUGUCAUGGAGAAGCACGGCGACGAGGCUGACUGGUUUCUCAAAGCAGAUGAUGACUCUUAUGUGAUCGUCGACAACCUGCGCUGGAUUCUGGCUCACCAUUCUCCAGAAGACCCUGUGUACUUUGGCCGGCGUUUUAAGCCAUAUGUAAAACAGGGCUACAUGAGCGGCGGCGCUGGCUAUGUGCUUAGCAAAGAGGCUCUGAGGAGGUUUGUGGAGGGCUUUCGCACCAAAGUGUGCACUCACACUACUUCAGUGGAGGACCUUGCUAUGGGUCAGUGUAUGGAGAAGAUAGGUGUUAAGGCAGGAGACUCCAGAGACACCAUGCAAAGGGAGACAUUCCAUCCUUUCGUACCCGAGUCCCAUCUCACUGGCACAUUUCCCAAAACUUUCUGGUACUGGAACUACUGUUAUUACCCCAUUGUACAGGGCCCACAGUGUUGCUCAGACCUGGCUGUUUCUUUCCACUAUGUGGAUGCGUCACACAUGUACCUGCUGGAAUACUACACUUACCACUUGCGUGCCUUUGGCUACAAAUACCGCUAUCAGCCCCCUGAACCCAAUGUUAAAGCCCCAGAGAAAGUAGAAACUCGAGUCUUGGAGCAAAAGGACAAGGUUGAACCACAGGAAGAAGAAAACCAAUCCCCUGAACUUAACGACAAGUUAUAGCAGCUUAUUUUGACAGAAGUAAACUUUCCAACUCUUCCACACACACACACACACACACACAUACAUAUAAACUAUAUUUGGGGAUGUCUCACCCCCCUUUCUUUUGUUUUUGGAUAUCGUCUCCUGUACUGUGCGACAGAAAAGUGUGCACGACUUAUUGGUUUGAUUGAAUGCAAUUGGUACAGUUUGGGAUUUGUAUGUGAAUGUUUAAAUAUAUAUGACAGUGCUGAAUUGUAUGAAAUGAAGGUUGACGUGUAGUCUAUGAGCCUGCCUUAAUAGUACAAUAACAACAAACAAUAAUGCCUCUGCAUUCGUUACACUUGGCGUUCAGUUAUAACUGUUUAUAUACAGUAUAAUGUGUAAUAAUAGGCACAUAUGCUACUUAUGUACAACAAUGCCAUUAGAAAAAGGUGGCUUUGCUUUUCCUUUCAUGUGAUCAUUCCCUAAUUAGUGCCUCUUGAAUCACGCACUUCAGUAUGUGUUUAUAUUGAGUUUAGGUCAUAAUUAAACACUGAGCAGCUUGUAAUAUGGCUUUUUACAUCCUGCAAACAUUCAAGCUCCACUAGGGUUUAUUCCAGAGUUAAACAUGUACAUUUACUUAAAGGAAUAGUUCACCAAAAAAAGAAAAAUCUGCCAACAUUUACUUUUUUUUUCAUACUAUGGAGGUCAAUGGGUGCCACACGAUUUCUUCAUGUUGUCACAAUACAAGUUGAUUAAUUUAGCUUAAUCCUUUUUACAAAUUUAAGUGGAGUGAACAUAAAACAAUUAAGUUUUGUAAUCAAGUAAAAAAACCUUAAGAAUUGUUAUUUCAGCUCAUUUUAAAUAAGUAGACUGAACAAACACCAGAAGUCAUUUCUGAGUGCAGUGUUCAUCAAAAUAUCCUUGUGUUUGUUCAACAGAAGAACGAAACUUGUAACAGUUUAAACCCACAUGAGGAAGAUUAAAUGAUGAGGUAAGUAAAAUUUUGGGGUGAACUAUCCCUUUAAGCUGGUGUCAGUUUAAAAAAAAAAAACAGGAUGUAGUCCUUCGGCUGAUUUUAGAAUGAAGAUCAGAAAGUUUCUUGAUUUAAUUCUGAUUUUAAGAUCCUGUUGGCUGGCCCAAUAGUUCAUGUGGCACCUGUGAACGAUAAUAGCGAGCUUGAUAAGCCGGCUUAAGUAAACACUGUUUUUCUUUCACCAAACUAAUAGGAAUCGUGGUCUUGCAGAUGAGUGGUGUAGUGUAUCACGCUGUGGAGCAUGCGGCCUGUGAAUUAUUGGAUUUUUUUUUUUCAGACCACACAAUGCUUUAUUUAAUUAACUGCAGUGUGACUGAAAGUGUUUUGUUUGUCUGGGAUUGAAUGUGAGGAUUUGCUUCAUUUCAAACCCCAGUGUGGCAAUAACUCCAGCAGUCUGUGGGCGAGAUUAAACGUGUUGGUUUUACAGCUGAUGUACACGCUUGUCUAAAGUGGGGAAAAUGAUUCGGUCUCGAUUUCUCAGUUGUUAGUGUGUAUUGUUACGCAUUAAGGCACAGUUCACCCAUAUAUGAUGAUAAUGUCAUGUACAUGUUGUCAAGCAUACUACUUUGUCUUCCUUUAUAUUUUAUUUCUGUUUCUCAUAAGAUUUUCUUUAAAGACAUCAAACUGACUAAAUGAUAACAGUUUACAUACUGGGUUGAAGUUUCUCUUUUAACAGUGCUGGUGUUGGAUUUCGCAUUUCGGAUCAAUUUUCUAUUCCAGUUUGGCAAGAUCUGAGAUAAAGCAGCAAGAUAAAGGGAUAGUUCAUAUCAUUACCCUUUACUUUUUCAAAACAUUUAUGGGUGUCUUCUGUCGAACACAAAAGUAGAUAUUUUGAAGAAUGUCUAAACAUUUAUUUCUACUAUGGAUGUUUUCAACUUUUAUCUUCUGUGUUUAACCAAAUAAUGAAACUUAAUGGUUUGGGACCACUUGAGAAUGAGUAAAUAUUGAGCAAAUGUUCAUUUUGGGGUGAAUUAUCCCUUUAAACAAGGUGACAUGGUGGCUCAGUGGUUAGCGCUGUCGCCUCACAGCAAGAAGUUUGCUGGUUUGAGUUCCGGCUGGGUCAGUUGGCGUUUCUGUGUGGAGUUUGCAUGUUCUCCCCGCAUUGGCGUGGGUUUCCUCCGGGUGCUCCAGUUUCCCCCUCAGUCCAUGACAUGCGCUAUGUGAAUUGAAUAAACUAAAUUGGCCAUAGUGUAUGUGUGUGAAUGAGUAUGGAUGUUUCCCAGUACAGCUGGAAGGGCAUCUGCUGUAUAAAACAUAUGCUGGAUAAGUUGGCGGUUCAUUCCGCUGUGGCGACUCCUGAUGAAUAAAGGGAUUAAGCUGAAGAAAAUGAAUGUCUCUUUAAACAGAGGCAGCAGUGCUCAGACUUCAUCUAGAUCAGUGUUUCCCAACCCUAUUCCUGAAGGCACACCAACAGUGCACAUUUUCAACCUCUCCCUAAUCAAACACACCUGAAUCAACUUAUCAGAAGAUUAGAAGAGACUCCAAAACCUGAAGUUAAUGGGUCUGAUAAGGGAGACAUUCAAAAUAUGUACUGUUGGUGUGCCUCCAGAACCAGGGUUGGGAAACACUGAUCUAGAUGACGUUAAUGCGUUUUUAUCUGCACUUGAAAACAUGUUGACUAUCCGCUUUUAGUUUUGACAUUACCACCAUUAUGAAGGAUUUCAAAUAAAGUUUAUUGAAUGAAUAAACUUAUUUGAAGCAGAGUUGUUCUGAAUUUUUGACCACUCUGCACAGUCACUUUUGCAUUUGUGGUUGAACUGAAAGGUUUUGAAAUGACUUGAUCAAGCAGCAAAUACAUUAAGGUGUUGCGAGAUUUAUAUAUAUUCUUAUAAAAUUGUCUAUUUUAAUAUCUGAUGGAAUUCUGUGUACAUCUUAAAAUGAAGGGAAUGUGUGAGGGUUUUGAUUAAACAUGAAUGGGUUUGUUUAAUAAAAGCUUUAAUAACACGUGGAUAGUAAGAAUUCAGUUGGUUCAGUCUCUCUGAAAGCCUCAGAAUAAUGGAAAUGUUUGCCAUAUUCUUUGUUCUUUUGUUGAUUCACAGAGGAAACACCCCCGAGGGCAAGUAUGACCUAAUAGAUUUAGCUAUACUUAGCUAACAAUACUUCAGUAGAAUGAUGACAGAAAAACUCUGUUCGAAACAUUCCAUUAUACUUCUAGUUUACGCUCCUUACAACGCUUCCUAAACAAAACAAGGAAAUUAUUUUCUAAAUCAGUAGAUCUCUUUGAUUACAUCACUUUGGGCCAAGUGUUUCGAGGAAUUACACUGACUAAGAAGGCUUUGUGUUCUUGUUUCUAUAAAGAAGUUGAACUGGUCAUAUUAUGAACAUCAAAAUCGCCAGAAAGAUGCAAAUAACCUUCCCAACCCUUUUAAGCAACCCUUUUUUUUGUCUUUUUUCCAAAGGUAUAUGUGUUCCUUAUACUUUUUUUUCCUCAAUAGAUUGUUUUAUGUAUAAAAGGAGGCAGUUCAUUCCGCUGUGGCAACCCCUGAUGAAUAUGGGACUAAGCCAAAGGAUAAGUGAGAGUGAUGUACAAAAGAAUCCUGUACAGUAAAUCCACAGCAAUCUUUUAUUUAUAAAAGAGUGUGUGAGAAAAAAAUGUGUUUACUGAGGAACGAUAACCAGCAUCUUAAAAUAAAGACUUAUUUUACAGUAAA